AUGGUCCAAGAGGAACGGGACCUGAUCGUAGAUGGAACCCAGAAUGCGGGAAUGGCGGUCAUAGAGCAAACCCAAGUCAUUCCCAAGACUGGUGUACGAAUCCCAACUAGUCGAUGGGAGUACAUCACGUUCUGCUUGUAUUACUUUGCGAACAACGGUGCUCCGAUCGGCGGAAACGGAGGAGCUUUGCGUCAAGCCUUGGUAUCGCAAGCCAAUCCAUCCGGCAGUGUCAAAUGGGGCGGACAAACCCUCACCAUCAACAGUCUUCUGCUCGACAUCAGCGGAAUCAUGUUUGCAGUCCAAGCCGUGUUCCUCCUCAUAAUUGGGCCCUUCGCAGAUUACGGUAACUGGCGACCGUUUAUUCUGACUGGCGCACAAAUCGUGCUCUGGAUCAUGCAAUUCGCGUUGGUUGGAAUCAAAGAACCAAAGGACUGGCAGAUCGCAAACGGAAUCUACCUCGUUGGAAAUCUGGCAGCAAACAUCUCCGUCGCGUUCUAUCAAGCAACCUUCCCUUCUCUCGUCCGAGACUUGCCUACGAUUAUCCAAUCGGAAAAUGAGGUUCGACAAGGCGUUAAAUCCGCCGAGGAGCAUGAGAGAUUGGACCAAUACGAACGAGCCCAACUCUACAACAUGUGUAACAUCACGGGAUCGGCUUUGGUGGUCGUGACUUACGCCAUUUCCAUCGGAAUCUCUUAUGCUUUGGGAGCAGGCUCCGAUGCCGCCGUCAUCCGCUCGUACAACAUCUUGCUUGCUUACUUUGGGGCGAUCACCGUCAUCUGUACUCUUCCUUACCUGUUACUUCAGAGGAGACGACCUGGUCAACAGCUCCCGGCUGGUAGCAAUAUCCUGACUGCCGGUCCUAAACAAGUUUGGUCGGCAACGCAACACGCACGUAAACUCAAGCACUGCAUGUUAUACUUGGUCGCCUGGUGCUGUCUUCAAGAGUCUUGGGGAACCUGGUACACCAUCGUCGGAAUCAUGCAAAAUGAGGUCAUUAACUAUUCCCCACUGAAAUUGAACGCCAUGUCGAUGGUCGCCGAUCUUGCAGGGGGAUCCGGCACGGUUGUCAUGUACUUCCUCCAAAAGCGAUACGGAUUCAAGAUCCAGACUGCUCUCCGAUACGGUGCCUUCUUUACAUUGUUCCCUUGCCUCUACGGUGGUCUUGGAAUGUUCCAGCAUCAUUUCGGUUUCCACCACACUUGGGAGUUCUGGAUCGCCAACUCUUGGAACUUCUUCACCGGAUGUUGGGGCGCCUACUCCGUUAGCAUGAUCUCGGAGGUUGUACCAGCACCAAAACUGAUGAUGUUCUUCGCGAUGUUCAACAUCUGGGGCAAGUCGAGCUCGUUUGCCGGCCCGUUCAUCACUUCGGCAAUCAUCAAACGAGCUGGAGGAAACACCAACGCAGCAUUCUGGUUCCUUUUCUCUCUCGGAUGCGUUGGGGUCACCGUGCUCUGGCAGGUCAACACUGAUCAAGCCAAACUGGACAACGCCGCAUAUCUCGAGAAGGAGGCUCAAGAACUUUACUCCGACGAGCAAAGGGCACGAGGGAGGGAGAUGAUCGCUCAGGCAGACGAAGAAUUCAUGACGAACAAGGUCCUGCCCGCUUAG